AUGUCUUCUCAAACCAUGUCCCUAGCCGCCUGGCUAGUAGCUGCAAUUGAGUUGACCACAAUCAACAGGGGCGCUUCUGCGGCUGCAGUACCCAGGGCUGUGACAUGUACAGAUGCCUGGACUUCGAUUACGGCUGCUGAUUACAUUGCCGCCAUCAACCCGGGCUGGAAUCUUGGUAAUACACUUGAUGCCAUACCCAAUGAAGGCUCUUGGAACAAUCCAGCCGUCGUGCAAGCUACAUUCGACGAUGUCAAGAAUGCCGGGUUCAAGAGUGUCAGAAUACCAGUCACCUAUACGGACCACUUCACUGGCAGCUCACCAGACUGGACCAUUGAUGCCGCUUGGCUUCAAAGAGUUUCAGACGUCGUUGACAUGGCUCUAUCCAGUGGCUUGUAUGUCAUCACAAACGUACAUCACGAUUCGUGGGACUGGGCAGACGUUACAGCUUCGGGCGCCAAUCUGACCAUGGUCGAGGAAAAGUUUUACCGUACCUGGGUUCAAAUCGGCGAGACGCUUGCCUGCAAAUCUUCCAUGGUAGCGUUGGAGCCAAUCAAUGAGCCGCCGGCGAAUACCGCAGCAGACGGAGCGGAGCUGAACAAAUUGAAUGAGCUCUUCCUGCAGGCGUUGGCAGAAUCUGGCGGGCAAAAUGCUCUGCGCGUUGUUACACUGGCCGGUGGUGGCAUGGAUAGCAUCAAGACGUCUGAAUGGUUUGAAUUGCCAACUGGCAAUUACAAGGAGACACAAUACCUGGCGAUUCAGUACCAUUAUUACAGUCCAUACGACUUCAUCUUCCAGGCUUGGGGAAAGACAAUCUGGGGCUCGGAUGCCGACAAGGCGGCCAUGGAAGCAGACAUUGCAAACAUCCGAGGCAACUUUACCGACAUCCCCUUGGUCAUUGGAGAAGCAGAGGCCAACAUGCUGCUAGAGCCAGCAGCAAGGCGCAAGUACAUUGACUUUCUCGCAAGAACAGCCGAAAAGUACGACACUUCAUUGAUUGUAUGGGACAACGGUGACGGCUACCUGGACCGCACCACUCACACAUGGAGAGACCCUCAAAUUGUCGAAAUCAUCAUGAAUGCGGUCAAGGGCGUUUCCAACAGUCUUUCGGACUCUACCACGGACGCUUCAGCAACAUCACAAUCCAGCUCUGCCUACAUCUUCCACAAGGUAGGCGAUGAGGUUACGGACCAGACUGUUACAUUCUUGUUGAACGGAAAUACGAUCUCAUCGAUCAAGGCCACUGAUGGAACUACGCUUGACGCAUCAUCGGAUUACUCAGUCUCAAGCGGGGAUGUUACUGUCAAGUCAUCGUUCCUGUCCAAGUACCUAUCCACAACAGCAGAGCCGGGUAGCAAGACGAAUCUCACCGUUUCAUUCUCUGCAGGAGCCGAUGCGACGGUUGAGAUUGUGCAGUGGGAUGUUCCAGUGCUGGCAUCAACCACCUCUCAGGCUGUCUCGGGAGCCGACUUGAUUAUUCCAAUCACCUGGAAAGGCCUAUACAAAUUGGCUGCCGUCAAAAUGUUGCGCACUGAUGGCGUCUACCUCUUUGACGACUGGACACAGUAUCUGGGGCCUUUGCAGCAGGCUCGUGCAACCUAUAGCGGUCAGUGGGAUCGCGAUGGUGCUUCUGUCAAGCUUACCGCAGCCACGGUUGCACAAGUCAUUUCGGGUGGAGUCGCUACAACCUUUACAUUUGAGUUUUAUCCCCGGGUGCCUGGCAACUCGGUCAACUAUACUUUGACAGUAUAG